GUUCUGAAGACGUCACUUCCGUAUUGAACGUCGGGUGACAAUUUCGAUUGCAGGACGCUUCAAUUGUCACCGUUUUGAUUUUCGGCAAUAAUCGUUUUAUUUGAUAAACUCCGGUUAUUUACGCGGUUAAGUGCUGAGUUUAAUGGAAACUGGCCGCUUUCACAGACAUGUGGGUUUUCGGCUACGGCUCGCUCAUCUGGAAAGUUGACUUUCCGUUCGAGGAGAAGCGAGUCGGUUAUGUGAAAGGAUUCAGUCGCCGCUUCUGGCAGGGCAGCACCGAUCACCGCGGAGUUCCCGGAAAUCCUGGACGCGUGGUGACGUUAGUUGAAGACCCCCAGGGCUGCGUCUGGGGUGUCGCUUACAAACUCCCCUCAGGGAAGGAGAACGAGGUGAAGGAGUAUCUGGACUACAGAGAGAAAGGUGGAUACCGUGUCAGGACAGUAACAUUUUAUCCCAAAGAAGAGGAGCAUGAGCCCAUCCAGGACACACUGCUAUACAUUGGCUCCAGUGACAACCCAAACUACCUCGGAGAAGCACCUCUAGAACAUAUUGCACGUCAGAUCCUCAGGUCUGUUGGACCCAGUGGAAAAAACACAGAAUACUUAUUUGAGUUGGCUGACGCACUCAGGGAGCUGAUGCCUGAAGAUUCAGAUGAACACUUGUUCUCCUUGGAGCACCGGGUCAAGGAACUUCUUCAGGAGGCUGCAGAGUGACCUGCUCAUCCCUAUAACUCUAUGCAGUGUUUUCUUACACUGGAGGUUCAUCCACAUACGCACAUGAGUAGCUUUUAUAUGAAGUCUCUCCAACAUAAAUGCAGAUUCUUAAACCUGUAGAUUUUAUUGAAUCUUAAUGUUUCUCUGCUGGUACGUCAAAUCACUAAGUAAAUAAGUUAUAGUCCCGCAAAAAGGAAACGUGUGUCAAGAAUUUUACAGGUAAUUGUGAUAUAGACCACUGUAGAAGUGUUUUGGUGGGGUUAGUUGAGGAAAAAUGUUACAGCUUGAAGGAUAAGACAGGAGAUGCAAAGGAUGUAUAUAAAAAGCAUAAGAACAUUACAAAUGUACUGUACUUACAAAAGAGACCAAAACCCAUAAUAUCUAAUAAAACAUCUAACAGCA